AUGCAGAAGAGGGAUGCCCGCGGGAUGCCGACCGAGGACGAUCCCCUUCUGCCCUCAUCAGUCCAGCAUGACAGCGAAGGAGCCUCAACCAAUCCGACCUCACCGUCUCAGGAGGCUGGGCCUUCCACCCCAAGGACCGCCAUGAAUGCUAGCUCUUCGAUGGUUGAGGCCACAUCUGCUUCUUCAUCCGGCUCAUUUGUGUCUAGUCUUAUCGCGGAUAAUCCCAUCUUCUCGGGAGGUCUGGGCUUGAUGGUGUUCGGAGGCGCUGUCGCCAUGACAAGAAGAGGCGUCAAGGUGGCAGCAUCUACGGCGCAAAGAAGGUUACUUAUAUCGCUCGAAAUACCAUCAAAAGAUCGAGCGCAUCCAUGGUUCUUGCACUGGAUGGGUGCUCAAGCACAGGCGCAGUCGAUGAGGCAACGUGGCCUGCUGGGCAAGCAGAAAAAAGAAGGCCUUGUUGACUUUCUCGGGCUGCGAGACCGUUCGGCAGAAACCCUAUCCGCAUCUUCCAGCAAAGACAGGGCGCAUGAUCCUUUGUUGAUUGCAUCGAGCGGCUCAUCAGUCUCACCGGUACGCAUUCUGAGCCACGAGUUGUCGGUUGAGACCAACUAUACUCCGCACGCAUCGGCUUCGACGCCCAAUGCAGAAGCUGCUGAACGCGGCAAGGCUCGAUUUUCACUGGUGCCUGGUCCAGGAACGCACUGGUUUCGAUAUAGAGGGGUGUGGAUGCGUCUUACUCGCGAAAGAGACGGUAAGAUGGUUGACCUUUCAACGGGCGCGCCGUGGGAAACCGUCACGUUGACAACACUGUUCGCGUACGCCCACCUGUUCCCUCAGCUUUUGGAAGAAGCAAGGCAGCUGGCUCUCUCCUCGACUGAAGGCAAGACGGUCAUCUACACUAGCUGGGGACCUGAAUGGAGACCGUUUGGUCAACCAAGAAGGACAAGAGAGCUAGGCAGCGUCGUGCUUGGCAAGGGCAAGAAAGAGGCUAUUGUCGACGAUGUGAAGCGUUUCCUAUCGCGCGAUCGAUGGUAUGCAGAACGCGGUAUUCCAUAUCGGAGAGGCUAUCUUCUACACGGAGCGCCAGGCAGUGGAAAAUCGUCCUUCAUCACCGCUCUGGCUGGGCACCUGGAUUUCAACAUCUGUUUGUUGAACCUGUCAGAAAGAGGACUCACCGACGACAAGCUCAACCAUCUGUUGUCCAACGCUCCCGAUCGGUCCAUUUUACUGCUCGAAGACGUCGAUGCAGCCUUUUUAGGCAGACAGCAGGCUGCCGAGGAUGGCUAUCAAGCAUCGGUGACGUUUUCUGGACUGUUGAAUGCGCUGGACGGUGUCGCCAGCGGUGAGAGUCGGAUCAUCUUUAUGACGACCAACCACAUUGAGAAGCUGGACCCGGCUCUGAUUCGACCUGGGCGAGUCGACAUGAUCGCUGAGCUUGGAGACGCCGAACGCGAGCAAGUGGAGGAGCUCAUGGUACGUUUCUACCGCACAACGAUGCGUGAGAUCAGGAUCAAGCAGGCCGAAAUCUCACCAAACGCUUUGGAGGCUUCGAAACCGCUUCUUGCAGCAGCUGCCGGCUCGACUGAUCAUGCUUCGGUCCUGGAGUCUUACAAGAGCCUCGAAGCUGUGUCCGGCCUUCGAGCGGCUGUGCAAGAGGCUGAUGACGAAGUUCGACAGCUCGCGGCUGAUUUUGGUGGAAUAGUCGAGGAAGAAGCAAUGGCGCGUCGUGCAGCUUCGGGUCUUGGACCCGACGGAAGACAGGCCGACAGUGCGUACGGAGGACCCGAACAAGCUUCCUACGCCAAUGCUCCGAUUUUGACUCAGCGCGUCCACCGACCAGCGCCGUCUGCGAGCGGAGGAGUCAGCAUGGCCGAGCUGCAAGGUCUAUUCAUCCGCUUUCCCGACGAUCCUCGAACCGCAGUUGAAGCCUUUGUCAGCGAAAAUGCUUCUCGACGCCACGCAAAUAGUGCUUAG